GAUUAGAACUAAAUGAGCACCAUUUUUGAGUAGAAACCAAAACCUAAGAGACAAAAUUUCUAGAGACAAAUACACACAAACCCACCAUGAUCAUUGCAAAGAGAAGAACACCAUGAAGAACAGCACCGUAGAAGGUGAACCUUCAAAGAAGGAUACAAACAGUUCUUCAAAUCUAGAUUCAAGAUUUAAUCAAACUCUCAGAAAUGUUCAAGGGUUGCUUAAAGGUAGAACCUUCCCAGGAAAAGUUUUGCUGACUCGGACAACAGACCCUUUAGAUAUUACUACUACUAGUUCGUCAGAGUACUCUCCAAAUAUUGAUAAGAGUUAUACAGAAGAUAAUCUAGGACCAGGUGAUAUCGUAGGCAGGUCUUCUGAGGAAAUUAAAAGUUCGCGUACGACAAUAGAUGCAAUGGCUAAGAAUCCCAAAUUGUCGAAAUCACAAUCCGAGAAAUUGCCCGAGGUUCCAAGGUCCUUGUCGUCUGGGGCUAGAGCUACAGAUUCUGCUAGGGUGAUGAAGUUCUCAAAGGAACUCUCUGGAUCAACUGUAAUAUUAGAGACACUGCGUGAGUUAGCAUGGAGUGGAAUACCACCAUAUAUGCGCCCUAAUAUAUGGAGGCUUCUGUUGGGAUAUGCACCACCUAAUUCAGAUAGAAGGGAGAGUGUAUUGGCGAGGAAACGGCUUGAAUACCUUGACUGCGUGGCCCAAUAUUAUGAUAUUCCUGAUACUGAACGCUCUGAAGACGAGAUUAGUAUGCUCCGCCAGAUAGCUGUUGAUUGUCCAAGAACUGUACCUGAUGUGACUUUCUUUCAACAAAUAGAAGUUCAGAAAUCCCUGGAGCGCAUCCUCUAUACAUGGGCCAUUCGGCAUCCAGCGAGUGGAUAUGUUCAAGGAAUAAAUGAUCUGGUUACACCAUUUCUAGUUGUUUUCUUGUCAGAAUACUUGCAUGGGAGCAUCGAGAAUUGGUCUAUAUUGGAUUUAACUCCAGAGAAUAUAUCAAACAUAGAAGCUGAUUGCUAUUGGUGUUUAUCUAAGUUACUUGACGGUAUGCAAGACCACUACACAUUUGCUCAACCAGGAAUUCAGCGACUUGUAUUUAAGCUGAAAGAAUUGGUUCGCAGGAUAGAUGAACCUGUCUCAAAGCACAUGGAGGAGCAAGAUCUGGAGUUCCUUCAGUUUGCUUUCCGCUGGUUCAAUUGUCUUUUAAUACGCGAGAUACCUUUCCAUCUUGUAACACGGCUGUGGGACACAUAUCUUGCAGAAGGAGAUGCAUUGCCUGAAUUUCUUGUAUACAUUUUUGCCAGUUUUCUUUUAACGUGGUCAGACAAACUUCAGAAGCUUGAUUUCCAAGAGAUGGUGAUGUUCCUUCAACACCUUCCAACUCAUAACUGGACACACCAAGAGCUAGAGAUGGUCCUUUCGAGAGCGUUCAUGUGGCAUACAAUGUUCAACAGUUCUCCUAGUCACUUAACGAGCUCAUAACCAAAUACAGAUUCCAUUGUAUCUGUACCCACACACCUCUGAAGAGAAAUCAAUGUUUUCAUAAUCUAUCGGGGUCCUUUGCAAGUGGGGUUUACUCUCUUUUAUUGUGUUUGUUUUCAUGUAGUAGGUAACAACAGAGGAAACUUUUGAUUUCAUUUUGUACACUCAAAUGUAAUGUGUAUUUUUUGUUCCUUUUUUGGUUUGUUGGCCAUCUCUGUCUCUUUUGUAAAACAAAGCUAUGUCUGCGUCGAAAUAUAUCAGGCUUUCACA